AUGGCUGGGUGUGGAGUGCGCUGGCAGUACAUUCUUGGGGCUGCGCUCUCCGGAGCCCUGCUGCUUACCGCUGGGAUCUUGUUAGGGCACUAUGCGAUCUACAAAGAACCCCAAACCCCGGAGUGGCUUCACAGCCUGUCUAGAGACCUGGACCCAGCUCUGCUCGAAGACUUCAUGAACCAGGUGGAAGCCGCACGCAUUGGACAGAACCUCAAGUAAGGCUGGCGGAGGAAGAGGCAAUGUUUUAAAGUUCUCUCUUUGUUCUGGGAGACAUGGGAUUUCUUCUCAGGUCAAAGAGUCUAAUGGAAUGCCUGUACCUAUGCAUUCUCUCUAAAGAUAGAUAGAUGAUAGAUAGAUAGAUAGAUAGAUGUAUUAUGGCUUCUGUGGAUUAGAGUCCACUUCACCAUCUGAGGGGUGAAGUGUGCCAGGGUGCCAGUCUUAAAUGGGGCAUUCUGGGAUCCAAACAGAAAGAUGUCCUACUUAAAACAGGACAGUUGCAGGGUAUGGAAUGGGAGCUAAAACAAAUUAAGCUGAGGUGUGUACAUGCUCACAUAGCACAUGGUUAUAAUCAGCUACUGAAUAGGAGUUCAGAGGGCUUGCAAACAUAGGGGAACAUAGGGGAACAUCAGGUGAAGGCAUCCCCACAUAUGUCUGGAUUUUCCCAGACAUUACCAGGAUUUCAAAGGCAGAAAUGACGUCCAGGGGUAAUUUCUAAAAUGUGGCGCUUUGUCCUGGAUCUUAGGCAAGUCAAUUGAAAAAUCACAGUUGUUGUUUUUUUUGCGCUUUUGUGAAAAAAGCUCAACGAUUUUGGGGGUUUCCUAAAUAAAGCUCAACCAUUUUGCUGGUUUCCUUUAGAAAAGCUCAAAAAUUUGGAGGUCUUCCUAAAAAAAACACUCAACAACUUUCAGGGUGUCCUGGUUUUUACUUUUUGAAAUAUGGGAGCCCUAUCUAGGGUGUGUGCAGCAAGGGCAACUUGAAAUAUAGUAGGGGAAAUGACCUUACUGUGUCACUUCAAACUGCUAAUGUGUACAUUCCCUGCCCUGAUUGGCUCGCUGGAGGAGUCUUAGACCCCUUGGCAAACUACAGUUCCCAGGAUUCUUUGGGGGAAAUGAAAUGCUUUCAAGGUGCUUCAAAUGCACUUUGUGUAGAUGGAGCUGGCAGCUGUAUUGUGUGACGUGAGUGAGCAUAGAAUCAAAAAAUUGAGGAGCUGGAAGACUCAUCUAGUCCAACCCCCUUAAAUGCAGGAAUCACAGCUGAAGAAUCCCUGACAUAUGGCCAAUGAUGCACGAUCAGGAAUAAAAUAAGGAGAAACGUCUUGUUUCAAAAGCUGUGGGGGAAGGAAGCUGUGGUUUUGGGAAGGACAAAUUACAGUGGUACCUCGGGUUAAGUACUUAAUUCGUUCCUGAGGUCCAUUCUUAACCUGAAACUGUUCUUAACCUGAAGCACCACUUUAGCUAAUGGGGCCUCCCGCUGCUGCCGCCGCGCCGCUGGAACACGAUUUCUGUUCUUAUCCUGAAGCAAUGUUCUUAACCUGAAGCACUAUUGCUGGGUUAGCAGAGUCUGUAACCUGAAGCAUAUGUAACCUGAAGCGUAUGUAACCCGAGGUACCACUGUAUAUGCCAGAUUCCAAAAUUUGCCCAAACUCCAAAGACCUACCCCACAGCCAAGUCUGUCCCCCAUUACUCCCUCUUGCAUUAGGGAUCUGUCUUCCAAGCCCCACAUGGCUACCACGAAGGGGGACGAAGAACUGGUGCAGCUGAUUCUGAAAGCCUGGCGAGACCCCCAAACUGGCCUGGACAGCGCCACGGAGGGCCAGUACGAGGUGUUCCUCUCCUUCCCUGACCCAGAGAAACCUAACUCUGUGGCUGUGGGUGAGUGCUAGGUAACGGGGUGUCAUGCGAAAUUUGUGUUAGGCCCAUUAUCAGCGAGGCCCACGCCACGUACGCAAGAAUGCAACCUGACCACCAAACUGGUAAGAACUGGUCAGAGAGGAACCAAACUGCUCACUGUCAAAGUGAACAGCAACUCCAGUUAAGGUACAAGGAGGGUUCUAAUUUGUGCAGUUAAAAAAAUGGGUUGGGUAAAUGUUUUCAAGGGUUGUGGUUGGAUGAGAGAUGGUGGCAGGAGGCAGUCGGGAAGAAAACAACCAGCUAAGAUGAUGUAUAUUUCCUGUAUAGUGUGUGGCCUAAUGGGAAUGCUCUCUUGGACUAAGCAGGGUGUCAGGCUUCGGGAAAUCAGCUCCCUCCCCCGUGGCAUUUAAUAAGCAGAUCAAAUGAAAGGAAAUUCUUACCAGUUAGUUUUUUUAAUAAACAUGUCGAGAAACAACAGAAAGUGUCUCCCUAGAAUGGCCGUGCUCCCAAUUAAGGCUUCCCCUCUCCUCCGUCCCUAUUAAUCUGCGGCACUCCUAUGUUUUGUAAUCUGAGCUUGCACUUUCUGUUCUAACACUCUCUGAGCUCCCCAUGUCUUUGGGGAUGGGAGUGGGGGGAGGUGGAUGCUGUCCAGAGACUGUGAAUCUGUUAACCCUCUCUUCCAGUGUUUCUUCACCUAGCUGUUCCCCAUCCAGUAUUUCCCAGCUUCUGCCUUCUGAACUAUGCCCUUCUGCAAACCACUGUUCCAAAUCUAUACUGUCCUCCUGCUCCUGGGAAGAUUCAGGGUCAGGGGGAGGGGGCGGCUCCCACCAUCUCUCCUCAGUGCAGUUCUCCUCAGCACGGUCCCUGACACAGGGUAAAAACCAAAGCCAGCCCAUGAGUUUUCAGAGCUUAUGUUUGGAAUUGGGGAAUGAAGACAAAUUUGUGGGCCAUAACCUGGACACCAGGAAAAGAUGUGGGAAUGAGUGAAGGUUGAGAGCGGAAACCACUGAAGGGAGAAGGUAGGGACACCUGCUACGGAUGCUCUGAUUAGACCCUCUUCUUCUUCAUACCAGUGAUGGAAAAUGGCAGCCAAGCCUUUAUCUCCCAGGAGACAGAGAAGAAUCUGACUGCAGACCAGGCCGACAGAGACGUUGUGAAGCCUUAUGCAGCUUACGCACCUCCAGGGAACCCCAAGGUGCAAAGCGAGGGCGUGGCCUUUUAUCCUCCCUUAUCUCUGAUAUCUUUAUCUUAUCUUCUGCUUGGAGUUUGCCCUCUUGAUGGGCCAAUCAAAGACACCACAUGAUCCUCAGGGGGCCUUGCCCUCCUAGGUGCGUUUUGUCUCGAACAGAAAGAGGCUUCACACAGACUAUAUACCUUUGGAGCACAUUCAAAGUACAUUUCCCACCUCAAAGAAUUCUGGGCCUUGUAGUUUGUUCAGGGUUGUUGGGAAUUAUGACUAUGCGAGGGGGAAACUACAGCGCCCAGAAUUCUUUGAGGGAAAGGACGUGCUUGGAAUGUGCUUUAUGGUGCCAGAGGGAGAUCCCAAAUCUUCAGCCACCCUUUAAAUGUCUGUGAUGACAGUUCUGUCUCUUUGUGUAGCGGCGUCAAAGGAUGAUUUCAAGGUGUAAACCCCUCAUAUCUCAUAUCCUCUCCUUUCCAGAGAUGGAAAGUGUGGGAAAGUGUGAGUUGGCAGCUAAGAUUUCCACCUUUUUCAGUGUGUGAAAUGUGUGUGACGCUGCCCAGACAAUCUGGAGUAGCAGACAUUGGAAGUCUGAUUCAGGUCCGUCUAGGGAUGGGUGGUUUGAGAGGGUGUGGGGCAUUGCCUUGUCUGAGCAAGCAGGGAUUUGAAGAAGAAUUACAAAAUGAGACCAUUGUGGUGUUGUAUGGUCUCCAUUUAUGUGCUUCAUUUAAAAAAAAAAAACUUGCAGCAUAGGCUCCCAACAGCACAGGCCUCUAUGUGGUGAGGUCACCUUAUUGCUGCUGCUGCUGAUUUACCUGCCCUUCACACUAAGAUCCCAGGGCAGGUGACAUCAACUUAAAAAAUAGUAUUAAAAACAAUUUAAAACAACUUACAAUCACAGAAGCAAGGUGGGUCCUAAAAAUAUGCACCUCAAGUGUCAAAGAAAGAGGCACAUAUUCAGCAUUUUCCGGAACCUUCCAGGCAUACCUCUGUGGGGAGGGAGUUCAUCAGUUUAGGGGCCACUACAGAGAAGUCCCUCUCCUGUGACUCUUACUUCCAAAAUGUCCCUUUGUGUAAUCUAUCUUGUUAUGAUGCCUGCAAAAGUAUAUUCAGCUUUCUGUCUUGGUUCUGUGAUUCUUUAUCGUUUUUCUUGUUUGUGUGGCAUUGUUUUUGAAAACUCAAUAAGCACUUAAAAACAACAACAACCCUCUCUUUUAUAAAAAAACAUUCCAGGGGAAACUGGUCUAUGCCAAUCAAGGAAAAAUGAGCGACUACGAAUACCUGGUCCAACAGGGCAUUGAUCUCAAUGGCACCAUAGCCAUAACUCGCUAUGGGGGUGCUGGCCGCGCAGACAAGGUAAACUGGGAGCUGAUCCUGUUCCCAACCUUCAGCUUUUGUGGGACAUUUUGAAAGAACAACCCUAAAAUCUGAAGUAGGGCUAUACCUUUCUUAGGCCAACCAAGAUGCUGCAGAAUAAUGAGGAAGUUUUUGAGCUCUCCCUUCCUCAGGCAAGAUGUUCUGCCAAACUGGGGAUGGGGAGGGAAAAUGCUGGAAGAUGUUGUUAUUUAUUCUUUUUUUAAAACAACAACAGCCCUGCCCUUCACCAUCAGGUUUCCAGACAUGCUGCAGCAAUUUAAAAUUCAGUAUCUAAAACAGUUGAAAGCAAAUUACAGUCACAGUCCAACUCCUGGAAUGUAGGAAUCCCAGCUCAAUAAUCCCUGACAAAUGGCCAGCCAACCUCUCUUUCAAAGCUUCCAGUGAUGGAGAGUUUCUUGAACAGCUUUUACCACCAGAAAGUUAUUCCAAAUGCUUAGCUGGAAUUUUCUUUCUGACCGUUUGAAUCUAUGGGUUGGGUCUUCUGCUGACAUCUGGGCCUCUCGGGUCCCUGAUGCCCAAACACAUCUGUCUGGAUCUUGCCUUGACAGGCCAUCAACGGCGCCAAAUUUGGCGUGGUUGGGGUGGUGGUCUACACCGAUCCUGGGGACAUCAAUGACGGCAAGGCUUCAGCAACAGAGACGUACCCCUAUUCGUGGUACCUGCCCCCCUCGGGCGUGGAGAGGGGUUCCUACAACAGCCACUUUGGAGACCUGCUGACUCCUUAUUACCCAGCCAAAGGUGAGGAGGUUGGGGUGGAGCAGCAAACACGAUUUUAAUGUAUACGCAAGAAUCCGUGUUUGGGGUGGGGUGGGGGAGUGGAGAGAGAACCAAGAGCCCACAUGACAAGCUGUUGCGUUCCAAAAGCAAGGAAGGAUUGGACCCUGAUUAAUAGAAUACAUACGAGGCUUGACCAGCAAGACUCUGGGAGGAAGUGCCAAUAAUAAUUUGUCCGCCUCUUGGCCCAGGUCGUUUUAUUCACAAAAGAACUUUUUACACAGUGUUCGUAAGAACCAAUCAGAUUUCCUCUGAGCAUUUCAAAAAACCCCACGUGGGAUCAGAUCAGAAGAAAUCCUUUUAACUACAAAAGACUACUUUGAGCAUGCAUACAUAUCUGAGAGUAAAUAAAACAGGACUAAAGGAGGAAUGCAUUCAGCAAAACCCCAGAGGUCAUAAACAGGCAGGAAAGGAAGGAAGGAUGGCAAGGGAAGAGUUUUUACCAUCUCCUUGUGAACUCUCUUCCUGGCCCUUAAGAUCUACCUAAAGAUUAACGAACUACAUCAAAUCUACCUUCUAUCUUUAUGACCCAGGGUGCCUGGUGAAGCAACUGGCCUGUGUAUUUAGAAUGCUUAUACGUGCCUGUCAGGCGUAGAGAAAGCAAAUGGCAGAGGUGCCGAGACUUGGGGGAUUUGAUCAGAAAUUAUUGUCAAUGAAUCAAGCCCAAUCAACGCAAUGCUUUCAUUGCGGACACAAUGGCUUGCUCCAUAUUUCAUAAUUCCUCAUAGCAAUCCCACCUGACCCCCACACUCUGGAUAUUUGCACCCCCCACACCAAGCAGACCUUAUCCGGCAAGCAAGGAAGAGAGAGUGUUAAAGUUCUUUUCAUGCCAGGUAAUCCAACCAGACCCAGCAGGGAAACAGCUUUUAAGCUCCCCACCUUGCGUGGUGGGGCAAGGCCCUGCUCAUCCGCAGGCUCUGUGAAGCUAGAGAUGCUCGUGCGAAGGUUUGCAGGAACUUAGCCCCGCAAGAUAUUGUGAGAACAUCCCAGAGCCAACACACGGAGCAGGCUUUGCCCCACAAGCAAGCUUAAAAGUUCUUUACGUGCACUGGGUAACCCCAAGUAGACCCGUUGCAAAAAGAGCUUUUAAGCUCUCCUCCUUCCUUAAUCUAACUUGUGCAAGUGGAAAUAAUGGACGAGCCCUAAGAUGCAAUCAACCAUCCCGUACAGAGAAGGCUCCUGCCUGAUGUCAGCAGCCCCAGUGUGGAGUGUGGGAGGGUCCUAACAUCAUUGGAAACAAUCCCAUCUUUCUUACCUUCUCCUCCUCUCUGCUUGCAGGUUUCACCUACAGGAUUCCAGAGGACCAGAUCACAGGGAUCCCUCCCAUCCCUACCCAGCCCAUUGGCUUUGAGGAUGCCAAGACACUUAUCUGGUGGGUGGUAACUGUGGAGUAGGCGAUUAGGGUCAUAAAGGAGGGCAACGAUGGGAAAGGACGAUCCGGGGUGUGCAAGGGUGUGUGUGUGUGUGUGGAAGCUCAGACUUGGAGGGAGGAGCGUAAAAUGAAAUCCCACACAGAUCAGAAGAUGCUUAGAAAUCUAGGUUUUGAGAUUUUAAAAUUCACACUUCAGAAUUCAAUUUGAGGGACAGUUUGGGAGGGAGGGGGGACUAUGAAUCUCGAAUCUUAUUGGCUGAUCUUUGGGGGGGGGAAAGGUUAUGUUCCAGUAUAUCAUCCCCAAACCCCUCUCCUCAUAUUCAAGUAAGCUGCCAUCUGCACAUGUGCAAUGGCUGUCUUGAAUGUAUACACCUCAACUUAACUGCAAAGUGAAUGCAGCUUAUGUUUUCAAAUCAGACAGAAACUGGUGUCCAGGGGGAAUGCAUCCGACAGGGGCAUUUCUCAAGAAAUUGUGACUAACAUAAUUUGUGCCCCGUAUACACCCAUUUGACUACUUUGAUCUGUGGAACUGGCACUGUUCAACGUGCCACAUAAUACUCAUUCUGCAUUUGUAAGAAAUUAUUAUUUCAGUGUGGUAGCCCCUACACUUUGGAACUCCCUGCCUAUUGAUAUCAGGCAGGUGCUUUCACUGUGUUCUUUCUGGUGCCUGCUAAGAAAAUUUUUGUUUACACAAGCCUGCCCAGAUGUUUAGAAAGCUGAUGCAAGUUUUAAUCUGUUUUCAGUCUAUUGCCGUUUUAACUUUUUGAAAGCCUUGAAUUAUUGUUAAUUUUUCUCAUUGAUAAUUUUAUUGUUUUAGCUUUUUUUUGUAAACCACCUUGAGGUUUCUAAAGCAAUGCAGUCAGUCAGUCAGUCAGUCAGUCAACACCAGCAGUGGGAGCACACUAGAACCAGAAUAAGGGGUACUGUAUACCCAACCAACAAAAUAGAACAGAUGUGAGCUGAGGGCUAGGUCUUCUGGGAUGGCAGCAUUCAGUCUUCACCCUCCCCUCUUGCACUUGCAGUAACCUGGCUGGCAACCCUGUGGCAGAGGCAGCUUGGCAGGGAGCACUGGGCUGUGUCUACCAUCUUGGACCAGGAUUCAGACAAGAUGGGCUGUUCUCCAAUGCCAGGUGAGGGAUGUACAAAUUGGCCAGUCUCAGUUUCUCCCCACCCCCAGUAUUCAGUUCAGCUUCUCCUACUAUACGCAAUUUUGAAUGCAGUUUCACUUGACAUCAGUAAUUUUCACACGUUAUCCUAGUGUACACAUCCCGCCCCCCCCCCCGCACAUUUUUGGUUAGUCGGAGAACUUCAGCGCAACAUUCAGAGAAGGGCAGACUUCGAACGAAAGCUGUGCUUUGGUUCCUGCAUUGUUCUGAGACUGUGAAUGAGGAUAAAGGUAAAGGGUAAAGGGACCCCUGACCAUUAGGUCCAGUCGUGACCGACUCUGGGGUUGCAGUGCUCAUCUCGCUUUAUUGGCCGAGGGAACCAGCGUACAGCUUCCAGGUCAUGUGGCCAGCAUGACUAAGCCGCUUCUGGUGAACCAGAGCAGCGUAUGGAAACACUGUUUACCUUCCCGCCAGAGCGGUACCUAUUUAUCUACUUGCACUUUGACGUGCUUUCGAACUGCUAGGUUGGCAGGAGCAGGGACCGAGCAACGGGAGCUCACCCCGUCACGGGGAUUCGAAUCGCCGACCUUCUGAUCGGCAAGUCCUAGGCUCUGUGGUUUAACGCACAGCGCCACCCGCGUCCCGUGAAUGAGGAUAGGUUCCUAUUAAUAUGCAAACUGAACCAAGUUAUCCCCUGUGCCUCCAUGAGGUAUCCAUGGAGGGUCGUAGACAAUGCAAGGGAGGUUCGUCAUUCUAUAUCUUUAUGCGGCAGGCAGAAAUGUUCCUUUUCAACCAGGCCGAUUAACAUUAUUCAGCCUUUUAAAUGGGUUUGUGGGAUGAAGGAGUUAUUUGUUUUGUUUUUCUUUUAACUAUUUAUUUGUGCUUUUACCUUGCAUUUUUAUCUUGUCACUGCCCUGAGAUCACAGAAAUUUAGGAUUGUAGAUUUGGAAGGGACACCAGGGGUCAUAUAUUACAACCUGCUGCAGGUAAAAAGGUAAAAGGUAAAGGAGCCCUGGACGGUUAAGUCCAGUCAAAGAUGACUAUGGGGUUGUGGUGCUCAUCUGGCUUUGAGGCCGAGGGAGCCGGCAUUUGUCCACAGACAGCUUUCCAGGUAAUGUGGCCAGCAUGACUAAACUGCUUCUGGUGCAAUGGGACACCGUGAAGGAAACCAGAAAGCAUAGAAAUGCCAUUUACCUUCCUGCCAGAGUGGUACCUAUUUAUCUACUUGCACUGGCAUGCUUUCAAACUGCUAAGUUAAUAAGAGCUGGGACAGAGCAACGGGAGCUCACCCCGUUGCAGGGAUUUGAACCCCCGACCUUCUGAUCAGCAAGCCCAAGAGGCCCAGCGGUUUAGACCACAGCACCACCUGCUGCAAUGCAGGAAUCUCAGCUAAAGCAUCCAUGACAGAUGAACAUCCAACCUCUGCUGAAAAACUCUCCAAGGAAGGAGAGUUCACAACCUCCUGGGGGAGAUUGUUCCACUGUCAAACAGCUCAUACUUAAGAUCUUAUGAGGAAGGGUUGUUAUAUAAGUCUAAACAAACAAACAAACAUGAAUCCUACUCAGGGUAGAUCCAUUUAAGUUAAAAGGCAUUUCUAACUUAGGUCCAUUAAUUUCAAUGGGUCUACUCGGUGUCACACUUGGUUGGAGACAACCCAGGGGGCCUCUCCUCUCUAUCCUGCUGCUGUGAAGCAGGAACUUCCAGUGAUGUGAGAAGCCCAGAGCCAAAUCACCCAUAUAAAUGAUUUCAUUGUGUAAUUGGGCGAUUGAACCUGGCUCUCUUUUGUUUCCUAGUGAGGUCCAGGUCAACGUCCAUAACUACAGAAGGAUCAACACAUCUUCUAAUGUGAUGGGACUGAUAAGAGGAAGUGUGGAGCCUGGUGAGUUGCCCUGGGCAAACAGAUGCCGGGGGGGGUGGUAUGGGGCACAGAGGGAGGCCGUGGCAUCCUUCUGGUGGUGAGGGUCCACUCCUAGGGCAACCAAAAGCAGAAGGAGUGACUCACCUAUGAGGAAACAUUGCGGCAUUUGGGACUUUCCAGUGAAGAGGAAGAGGCAACGUGAUAGAAGUUUAUAAAAACUACACAAACCAUGGAGAAAGUGGGAAGAGAAAAUUUGGUCUCCCUCUCACAGCUCUACAACUUGCAGGCAUCCAGUGAAGCUGGAAGACUCCAGGAAAGAUAAACAAAAGCCUUUCUCCAUACAGAACAUGGUUCAACGCCGUGCUUUUCUUCUGGGUGUACUCACAGGCCCAAGUGUGUGGCACUGAUAAAAUAUAUACUCUGAUCUAAUAUUCUUAGUUCCCACCUAGUUAGUCCCCCUGUCCUCUAGGGGGCGCUCCUGCCCACUUUGGGAGCCGCAGAUCCAUCCCUUUUCAGGCUCCCAUCCAACAUGUGCCCUUCUAUGAGUUCCUACUCCUUCCUCCGCUAGAUCGAUACGUCCUCUAUGGUAACCACCGAGACAGCUGGGUGCAUGGCGCUAUCGACCCCAGCAGUGGAACAGCUGUCAUGCUGGAGAUCAGCCGAGUGCUGGGGAAGAUGGUGAAAGAAGGUGAGCUUAGGUCGGGGGCUGGGAUUUUAUUUUCUUUGGUGGGGUGUGAAACAUGGCAACUCCAGGUGAAGGUCUGGUAGGUCCGGGGAGAUGAAGAUGCAAUCCACAGCGGCCAGUGAGUGGGCAGAAGUAGGUGGAGAUUCCUAUGUUUGCAAACUAGGCAGUAUCCCAGCUAGCCAUUUUAUUUAUUCCAUGUAUAUCCUACCUUUUUCUCCAAGGGGCUCCAUGUGGCCCACAUGAUUCCCUGCUCCUCUUUUAAUCCUCACAACAACCCUGUGAGGUAGGUUAGGCUGGGGGGUGUGGGAUGGGUUUUAAUAGGUAGGAGAGGAUAUAUUAACUGCUCUCUAUCUCUCCAGGCACCCACGUGUGUGGGUUGAACAGAGUUUCAAAAUCCCAUCCUUGGCAGCAAAAUUUAAAGCAUAGGAGUUAGGCUGUAAAACCUUGCUUUGAGCAAAUCCAGCUACGAAGUAAGCUGGCUCUUCCUUUCUUACCCCACUUAAGAUUCAGGCAACACUUGGGAAGUAAGUUUAAAAAUAUAAUUUACAUAUAAUCUUGCAUUACUUCACAGCAAAGGCAGCAGUAAAAACUAUGCAGGCAAAAUACUUAUAUUUACAGGGCCUAAACCUUGAACAAAUGGAGGGAUGUCUGCAUCCAAUGCUGGUAAAAGGAAGAGAGAAAGAGAAACAGGAAAUACCAAUGUACUCCUUCCUCUCAAGGAGAGGAGGGGAAGUGACAUCACACAGAGCCCUCUCUGUCAAUUCUAUUUCUAUGGUCUUGGGUAUCUGCCUAUCAGCAGUAAAGCUCUGUGGUAUUCACCUCUUCUCAUGCUAACUAGCAAGAAUGUGCAUCUGUUAGGUUUGGCUGCUAUCGCCCACAGGAGGCAGGAACUGGCCCAAUGUCACUCAGUGAGCUUCAUGGCCAAGUGGGAAUUUGAACCCGGGUCCUAGCCUGACACUCUAGCCAUGACACCACACAAGCUCUCAGAAGGAGAAGCAGGCUAUGCAAAAGCAGCCAAGGAGAGCAAGGAGCAGGACUGGCCAGGGGUGUGUGUCUUGGAGAGAGUCAACUGACAGCUAAAAAGAGAGACCUGUAGGGCUGCAUUCAGCCUGUGGGUCUGAGGUGCCUCACCCUUGCUCUAGAGGAGCUCCACCUGUCUCCAAGUUGCACAUUCUCAUUCAAGUGUCUAGGAAUAAUGUGUCAUUUAUUCUCAGGGAAGUGGCACCCACGAAGGUCCAUUAUUUUUGGCAGCUGGGGUGCUGAGGAGUUUGGUCUCAUUGGUUCUACAGAGUAUACAGAGGUAAGAGGAAAGGAGGUUGGAUGGAUGGAUGGAUGGAGUAGGUGAGAGACAGACUGAAGAACAGGUGGUUCUGCACUGUGCAUUUAAUAAUAAGAAUAGUAAUUUUAUUAUUUGUACCCCAGCCACAUUCAAAACACAAUCCUACCAAUUUAAGCAGUCAUGGCUUCCCCCAAAGAAUCAUGGGAUAUGUAGCUUGUUUAUCGCACUGAGAUUUGUUAGGAGACCAUUGCUCCCUUAAAAUUGCUCUGGCCAGAGUUGCCAGAGUGGUAGUUUAACAAUCAACCCCUCUCCCUAAGUAACUCGGGAAAUUGUAGCUUUGCAAGGGGAAUACAGGUCUCCUUUCAGCAACCUUAACAAACUACACUUCCCAGGAGUCCUUGGGGGAAGCGGCAUCUGCUUAAAGUGGCAUGAUUCUGCUUUAAAUAUGUAGCGCAGAGGGGGCUGAGUAGAGGUUGGAAAGGGAUCAUAGCUUGGUUGGGUGUUUUGUUGUUUAUAUUUGUGUUCAGGGGCUUAUGUACUUCAGUUCCCAAAACAUCUGACCUCAGAGUCAGGAAUCAGACUGAUGCAAAGCAACCGCCUUUUAUUCUUACUAUAGGAAUGGGGGAAAGGCAGACUGGAAUCUGCCGGGUGACUUGUAGCUGAUUGCCAAAGGUUCGGCUCCCAAUAGUUUAAUGCCAAUAUAGCAAAAAACAAACACCCACACAUUUCCCGCAACUGCCCCUUCCCUCUGGCAAAUUAGGCUGCUGAAAGGAAGCUUGGGGUUGAAACCAGGAGUGGAUUUGGGGGUGAAAGGAUCUGGUCCUGAAAACAAAUCCCUGAUAGGAGCAGAGUGCCUCUCUCUAUUGUAACUCUAAGUGCUUGUGACGACUUUGUGGUGCAGGGGUCCUCAACAUGCACCAUGGGGAUUGUCAGGGGGUGGGCUGGAGACCUCACACUUCCGCAGAAGUUUCUUUGCUUAUCACAUCUCUCCGCCGCACAGGAAUUUUAUAGCAAGCUGCAGCAGCGCAGCGUGGCCUACAUCAAUGUGGACAUUGCAGUCUUUGGUAAGCUCACCUCACCUUUCCACACUUUCAAGCUGCACUGACUGACUUAUAAAUUUGUUGUAGUUAUAGCGCCUGGGAGAGUGUGGUCUGAGAGGAGGGUCCUUGAUGCAGCCCCCUGGCUGAAGAGAAGCAGGUUUGGGUCUGGUCAGUGCCUGGAUGGGGGACUCUGUAUGUGAAAAUCCCACCUCAUUUAUUUUUUGAGGGAGUUGUGGUUGUUUAGCCUGGAGAAGAGAAGAGUGAGAGGUGAUAUCAGAGCCAUCUUCAAAUACCUGAAAGGCUGUCCCAUGGAAGAUGGAACAAGCUUGUUUUCUGCUGCUCCUGAGGGGAGGGCCCAGAUUGACGGAUUCAAACAACAAGAACGGAGAUUCCAGCUAAACAUGAGGAAGCGUUUUCUGAGGGUUAGAGCUGUUCAACAGAGACAUGGACUCCCUUGGAAGGUGGUGGCCUCCCUUUCACUGGCAGUUUCCUCAUUUUUCCUCAUUUUGUUCUCUCAUUCUCAUUCCAGAUACAAUGGUUCUGGCAGAUAACAUUAAUGUUUGUUCUAGUGUAUUGAUGUCAAGGAGUUUAUAAAAAGACUUAAGAGGCAAAGAGAGAGGGCACUGGGGAGGAAAUCAAUGCAAAAAUGUGUAUGCUAAACUUUGCAAGUUUGCAAGAGGCUCAGAUAAGGGGCCAUAGAUUAUGUUUGUUUCCCAACGCGAUAAUAAGAACAUUUGGAUCAAUUUUUUUUAAUGGCGCUUGUGAAGGGAAAGAGUCAAACAUAAACUCUGUUUUCACAGUGCAUAACUGUGGUAUGAAUCCAAGGAGCAAAAUGGCUCAACUUGAUUUCCAAAUUGCAUUUCUUAAGGAUUUUAGGUUGAGAUGCUGCUCAUUUACCAACGGUUAUAUACUGAGAUUGCCAUCUCAGCAAAUUCCAUCAUUUUCAUAAGCCGGUCUUCAUUUGUUGCGACUUCUUCUUUCCAUUUUCGCAUGUGGGCUGUUCUUGCCGCCGUCAUAGAGUUUUAAGGCCACAAAAGCUCUGGUCCAACUAUACCCAACAGAAAGGCCUGUGGUAUCAGAUUUUCAGUGUCCGAUAGCCGUUUAUACCUCCAUCAUUCCCGGCCCGCCCUUGUCUCUUGGCCCCCUCCCAGGUAUUCCCCCCCAGGACAUCCUACCCACUUUGGGAACCAAUGGUCUACACACUGGCAAAAAGCUGAACUUACCCCUGUCACACAAGGCACAGGAACCUUACCAGGCAACAAAGGGGGAACCCUACUUGUGCCCUGGGGUCAGGAGAGCUCCCCCUAAUGCUUCUCUUUCUCCUUUGACAGCCAACGCCACCUUGAGGGCUCAAGGAACGCCACCUGCGCAGAGUGUCAUCUUUGCAGCUGCCCAGCAGGUAACUUGAAGAGAAUAGAAAGCCAACUCCAAAAUAACAGUCUCUGUGUAGGAGACACGUUCUCGGUUUAUUUUUCAGGGAAACAAAGGCUAUCGGGGGCCACUGGCCUUACAUUUGCAAAACUGGAGGAACGAUCAUGAGCGCUGCACUCAUUUUAUUAGGGGGAAAGGGACGGCAUUGGUCAGUCACACCUGCAGCAGCUUGCAAAUCAAAAUAAUGAAGUCAAUCCAGCUUUGCAGCCUGAAAGGGGUCUUGGGCUUCAGAGCAUCCUUGCAGAAGUGAGACCCCCUAAAGACCAGCCUCCUCCUUAAGAUGGGUUGUCAUGAAAUCUGCUCCAUUUCUGAUGUUGGGGGGCCUUGUUUCCCUCGUAGGUGAAAACCGCAGCUGCAGAUUCUUCCCCGUCAGUCUAUGAGAACUGGAAGCAACACUUCAGCCGAAACAGUUCAGUCUAUGGCAUCAUCCCCAGGUAAAACGAUCCUGUGAAUGUUUCCCUUUCUUAACAGCCCGUGGACCCCUCACAUUCACAGGGUUCCUCUAACCGGUACCUAGACCAGGUGUGUGGAUGGGAACCACUGGCUCUCCAGAAGUGGCUGAACUACAACUCCCAUCAUCCUCGCCCACUGGUCAUGCUUGCUGGGAGCUGUACUUUUUCUCCUUUGUCAAUCACUUUAAUGUAUAUAUACUAAUAUUUAUUUACAAAGGUGGUCCAUUUUAGUGUAUCAUUUUCACACACAAAAUUACAUGGGUUGUACCCAGCUAAGUUCUACUCAGUUUACUGAUAUAAUAGACUUAAAUUUGUCAAGCCCAUUGAUUUUGAGUAGGACUUUGCUGGGAACAACUCCCGGUUAGGGGGUGUAUGUUAUAUAUUCUCUAAUAUUUAUUUAUAAAGGUGGCAUUUUUUUAAAAAAAUUGAAUAUAUAUAGCGGUAUAUGCAUUGCUGUUUAUAAUUGACCAACCUGCAGUGGGGAGGGAUUUGUGGGUUUCUUUCUGAGGGGUCUGUGUUCGAGUCUCUGCUUCAAGAGUUGCUUCCCCGACUUACUGUCUUCCUCCUCCAUUCAGCUUAGGGUCUCUGGGUGCUGGAAGUGAUUAUGCCUCUUUCAUUCAUUACCUGGGCAUCACAUCCAUGGAUAUUGCUUACACCUACGACCGGGUAAAUUGUAGCCCUGCGCUAGUUGGAAUGGCCAAUGGUCAAGGGGCAAAGGGAGCUGGGAGAUCCAGCAACAGCCCUAGGGGCACAGAUUUCCCCUCUCCCUGUUCAGUUUUUAAAAUUUAUUGAUUCAAAGUAUUUUUCUCCUGCUGUUCAAGAAGAUCUUCUUGUAGAGCAGCAACUGCAAUUAAUCAACUUAAUCAACAAACAGUAACAAUGCAAAAAUAAAUAAAUUGCAAUGGAACGCUUUACAUUUUAAAAUACCCCCAAACAUUUUUUAAAAAAAUUAGUUCCUAAAUAACAGCAGUCAGCUGGUACAAUCUAUAAACCAGAAUAAACACUGUCCAAUAAAUACUUCUCAUCUAUCAGAUUUGUCCAGUGAGGCUGCAGCAAUGGACCCAUUCAUCUAAUCAAAACAUCAAACCCCAAACCUAUUAUAUAUUGUGGAAAUUGGUUGGCUUGUCUGUUCGCUAUGAGUUUAGACAAUUCUUAAGCUAUCACAACCAAAUUUUGUGUGAUUGUUUCCGAGAUCAAGGAGCAGCUUUUCAUCUAUGUUUGGAUGCCAUUUUGAAUCAAGAUGGCGGACUGAACCUUUCAAUACUGCUCUGAUUUUAUCCAAAUUUUCUAUGAUGGUUCCCGAGAAUAAGGAGCGGGAUUUCCUCUAUGGUUCAAAACCACUGGACGCCAUCUUGGAUCAAGAAGGCUGACUAAGCCUUUGAAAACUGCCCUGACUUUAACCACAGAUUUGAAAACUGAGCUGAUUUCUUAGAAUUCCUAAGCAAUGCUGGGGGGCAAGGCUCCUGCUAACCACAUGAUAUGACCUUCCCUUCUUUCAUUUGUCUAGUCCAAGACUUCGGCCCGCAUCUAUCCAGCUUAUCACACAGCCUUUGACACUUUUCACUAUGCAGAGAAAUUCAUUGACCCAGGUAAGGGGUGAGGGUGGAAGAUAGAGAGUCAGCGAGAGAGUAAAUCAGGGUUUGUUAAGGGUGCUGGGAAUUGUAGCUCGGGGGUGGGGGCAAACCACAGUUCCCAGGAUUCCUUGAGGAAAGUCCUGUGCUUUAAAGGUAUGUUGUCUAUGCAGCCUAGAACUUCUCAGGUUGCCUUUGCUUCUCUCUUGGACUGUUGGGGUAAUGGUUGGCAGCCAUGAGAGCUACCUCAUGUUUAUCUGUUGCCUUAGCUGAAUUUAAAGUACAGUGGUACCUUGGUAGUCAAACUUAAUCCAUUCCGGCAGUCUGUUCAACUCCCGAAACCGUUCAGAAACAAAGACAUGGCUUCCGACUGGCGGCAGGAGCUGCCGGCACUCAAUCAGAAGCUGUGGAAGCCGUAUCGGACGUUCGGCUUCCAAAAAAUGUUUGAAAACCGGAACACUCACUUCUGGGUUUGCGGCAUUCGGGAGCUGAUUUGUUCCGUUCGAUUACCAAGGCACCACUGUAUUCAAUUCAGUGUGCUUAGGAGCACAACGUUCGCACCUUAAAGGGUCAAUAGCUGGCCAGGAUAUACUAUCUGUUUCUGUGGAGAGCAGCAGCCUGUCCUACUUUUGCAAAACAGCGUAAAUGUUGUUUGAAAGUGAGGAGGCAGGACUGAAGAUUUGGAGAUAUGCUUCAGAGGUCCAGACUAUGGGGAGCCCGGAAAAAUUAAUAAUUAAAAUUUGGAUUACAAUUUUGUCUUUUUUAUUUUAGUUUUUUUGUUUUUAAUUAGAUUAUGAUGUGGACAUGUUGAUUGGCUGUCUUUAUUGGAAAAUCAAUAAAAAUGAUUUUUUUAAAGUUGUUUGACAGUGGAACGGUCUCCCUUGGGAGGUGGUGGACUCUCCUUCCUUGGAGAGGUUUCUAAGCAGAAGUUGGGUGGCCGUCUGUCAUGGAUGCUUUAGCUGAGAUUUGUGCAUUGCAAGGGGGUUGGACUAGAUGACCCUUGGGGUCCCUUCCAACUCUAUGGUUUUAUGAGAGAGAGAAAUCCCUGGGACUGUACUCACUGAGUCCGCUAAGGCUGGGCACAGGCCGGUUUGCUCUGCUGCUGCUGCAUCUGGGGAAAUUCUCCUGCCGCUUUCCAGGGUUCACCAGCCACCAGACUGUGGCACGGACAGCUGGCAACGUGCUGAUGCGCCUGGCAGAUGCCUUGAUCCUGCCGCUCAACGUGAGCGACUACGGCGAGACGCUGCAACAGAUGUACAGUGUUGCCAGAGAGGUGUUCCAGGCAGACCUGAUGCAUCACAACAUCUCGCUUGGUGAGACGGGUGGGAAUGUGUGGGAUUACAGGCUGGGUUAGUGGGCAGGUGGCCUGCAGGUAGGAUCGCCAGGUGCAAAAGAGAAUAAGGGGCCCGCCAGCCUUUCCUCCCCUUCAUUAAGGGGUGUGUGGCAAUUAGGGGUCAUUAACUUGGAUAAGGACUAGGGUUUACCCAAAGUGGGGGUAAUUAAUAAAAGAAUCGGCUGGCUCUCUAGAUCAGGCAUAGGCAAACUCGGCCCUCCAGAUGUUUUGGGACUACAGCUCCCAUCAUCCCAGCGGUCAGGGAUGAUGGGAAUUGUAGUCUCAAAACAUCUGGAGGGCCAAGUUUGCCUAUGCCUCUCCUAGAUCCAAAGUGUGGGGCUAAGCACACUCUUCAGCAUGAGAAAGAUCCCCAGCAGCAGAGUUUUAAGGCCAUAAAAGUAAGCAGCAGUGUGAAGCAUGAGGAAUAUAGGCUGUUAGUCCUUUUAGGUAUCUUGCUUAGUCCACUUACAGUGCUUCCCCUCUCUGCCCCUCUCGCAAUGACAGACCACACCAUUAGUAAGUUUAAAUGCUUUACUUACAAAGCUCCAAAGGGUCAGAUUCAUGUGUUGUUCCAUGCAGCAGCAUGAAGAACACAGGUAGAAAUAUUGGGAUGUGAAAUACCUCUAAGCACACGGUCUGAGCUUGUAAAGGGCAAGCUCAGGCACAUCCUGUCUGCUUGGUGAAAGGUGAAAGGAGAGCAAACAAAGGAGGAAACUUAACUCCCUUCCUUCCAGGUGAGGGCUUACAGUUCUGUGUUCUUAACCCCUUCAUGCAUUAAUGAGCCCCAAGCUUGCUAGUUAUAUUUGACUGCAAUUUCCCACAGUUUAUAGGGCUGAAGUUUAGCCGCUAAACUGAACACCACUGCUUAGGAAUAAUAGGCUGCAAAUGGAACUAUGGGCUUGUCUACUCAGGGUAGAGGCUAAACCUGACCCUUAGCUAAACCCUUAAAGGCACUGAUCUGUUUUGCUCUUUUGCCCUUCAGAUCCACUCUGGGCCGCAAUAGACCGUUUCCAGGCCGCCGCUGCUGGUCUUAACCAGCGCAUAGCAAACCUGAGAGAGGAAGCAAACCCCAGGUGAGAGUCUCCUCUUCUGGGGAACUUUGUACUAUACAUGCAUAUAGAGGUAUUUGAAUAUGGCAGAUUUAUAUAGUAAUCUAGAGUGUACAAGUUGUCUCAUAGCCACCAAUCUGAAUAACCCAGUGAUGAUGCCCUCUGGCCAGUCAGUGAGAGAUGUUAUGGGGCAGGGGCUUAUUGGUAGUGUCUCCGCAUUUGUGAAAUUUGCGCUCCAGGAAAUGUGAUUCACCUCUUGAGAUUUUUUUAUGUGUGUUUCAGUGUGCAUUUGAUUUAGUUGCUGUGAUCCGAUUACUCAUUCUUAGGGGAUAUUAAUCUGAUGUUUCAUACAUUUUUGUAAAAACAAAAACAAAAAACUAAUGUUUUCAACAACUCUGUAAGGUAGGCUGGUAUUGUUAAUUUAUUUUAUUUGCUUGUUUAUGAAAAUAUUUAUAGACCAUUAUUUCAUAAAGAAUAUCAAAGUGGUUUACAACAAAAAUACACAAAACUAUAUAGUAAACACCAUAUUAAAAGUUUUUAAAGAGACAUCAAUUAACCAUUGGGGAUGGAUAUCUUCUUAAUUGUCUGCAUAGGCCUGGCAGAUUAGAAAAGUUUUCAGCAGGCAUUUAAAAGUUGGCACAAAAGGUGCCUGCUGAAUGUCUAGGGGCAGAGAGUUCCACAGGACUGAGCCAAUGACACAAAAGGCUCGGUUUCUUGUUGUUGUUGUCAAAUGAGCCUCACCAACUUGGGGAAUGACCAGUGACGCCCCUGCAGAUGAUCUCUGUGACUGAGCUGGGACAGAAGGAUCAGGCGGUCACUGAGGAACCCUCGACCUUAGUCGCUCAGGGCUUUGUAUUAUUAUUAUUAUUAUUAUUAUUAUUAUUAUUAUUAUUAAUACCCUGCCCAUCUGGCUGGGUCUCCCCAGCCACGCUGGGCGGCUUCUAACAAAGUAUUAAAAUACAGUGGUCUGUUAAACAUUAAAAGCUUCCCUAAAUAGGGCUGCCUUCAGAUGUCUUCUAAAAGUCUGGUAGUUGUUGUUCUCUUUGACAUCUGGUGGGAGGACAUUCCACAGGGUGGGUGCCACUACCGAGAAGGCCCUCUGCCUGGUUCCCUGUAACAUGGCUUCUCGCAGUGAGGGAACCACCAGAAGGCCCUCGGCGCUGGACCUCAGUGUCCGGGCAGAAAAAUGGGGGUGGAGACACUCCUUUUGUAAGUCAAUACAAGGACCUUUAUCUUGGCUUGGUGGUGGGUGAGCAGCGAAUGCAGCUGUUUUAACAAGGAUGCCAUGUGUUCCCAUCAGGUCAGGGGCUCUCAUCAGCAGUCUGGUUGAACUUCCAAACCAGGCCCAAGGGCAGCCCCACACAGAGCACAUUGCAGUAGUCCUGCCUCAAUGGAUGGAUUACAGUGCAUCAGGCUAUCCCUGUCCAGGAACAGCUGUAGCUGGCAAACCAAACCAAACAGCACUCCAGGGUAGUGCUUGUUCCUGAGCAAACUUGGCUUUCACAUAGCAAACCAGCUCUGUAAAAUUUUGCUGUGGGGCUGACACAUUCUAUGAUUGGCCCCAAGACGGCUCUUAGCCCAACCCUCUUUCUCCCCCCCCCCCCCAAUUUCCUGAAAGCCCCCUGGACGUGCGGAUGGUGAAUGACCAGCUGAUGUUGUUAGAAAGGGCCUUCCUGAACCCCAGAGCCUUUCCGGAAAAGUAUUACUACAGGUAAGCAAUACCAAUGGACCGGCUUUCUGGCUUUCGAUGUGUGAUUCACUUGUGGAAUUCACUGCCACAAGAUGGCAGUGGUGCAUAACCACUGAGAUUUUGUGUUUUAACUUGCUUGCUUAUUUUAAAAAGGAUGGGCUAACUGGGGCCUCCAGUGUCAGAUAAAGUGGACAUCAAUGUCAGGCAAGAACCAAAGAGCAGGAGAGGACUUGCUCAUGGCUUCCUUGAGCAGUGGUGGGAAACUUGUAGCUCCCUGCAUCACUUCAAAAGCCCUUUGCAAGCGAUCAGUUACUAUCUGUGGCAAGAGCAGUCUGCCCUCACCCUCUUGGCCACCUGCAGGGUGGGUGGGAGAGAGAGAGAGAGAGAGAGAGAGAGAGAGAGAGAGAGAGAGAGAGAGAGAGAGAGAGAAGGGGCUGACUCCAACCAGUUUUUGCCCUGCCUCCUAUUGGCUGCAAUCCCACCCACCACCGGCAUGCUACCCCUGAUUGUUGCUUCCAAGGUGGUUUACAUAAACUGUAAGGUAAAGGUACCCCUGACCAUUAGGUCCAGUCGCGGACGACUCUGGGGUUGCGUGCUCAUCUCACUCUGUAGGCUGAGGGAGACGGCGUUUGUCCGCAGACAGCUUCCGGGUCAUGUGGCCAGCCUGACUAAGCCACUUCUGGCAGCGCAUGGAAACACCGUUUUCCUUCCCGCUGGAGGAAGUAGACCUAUUUAUCUACUUGCACUUUGACGUGCUUUCGAACUGCUAGGUUGGCAGGAGCAGGGACCAAGCAACGGGAGCUCACCCUGCCAUGGGAAUUCGAACUGCCGACCUUCUGAUUGGCAAGUCCUAGGUUCUGUGGUUUAGACCACAGCGCCACCCGCGUCCCACAUAAACUGUAAAGCCAUGCAAUAAAAACCAUAAUUAAAAAAAUUAAAAUCAGAAAUCAGCUAACUUGUUAUGGAAAAAUGCAUACCUCAUUGCCUGCGUAGACCUGGCAGGAUAGAAGAGUUUUCAGCAGGUGUUUUAAAAGUUGGCACAGAAGGCGGCUGCUGAAUGUCUAGUGGCAGAGAAUUCCACAGGGCUGGACCAAUGACUCUAAAGCCUGUUUCUUGUUGCUUUUCCUCAUCCAGCCACGUCAUCAUGGCCUCUCGGUCAUCUUCUCUGGCCACCUUCCCAGGACUUGCUGAUGCCUACGAUAACGCCAAGGAGGACGGCCAGUGGGGUGAGGUUCACAAGCAGCUCACCAUUGUAAUCCAAGCGAUAGAGAAUGCCGCCUCCAUCCUGGAGCCUGUGGCUGAAUAA